GGUCAUUGUUCCUGUAAGCUUGGGGUAGAAAACGUUAUGCAGAAAGCCCACUGCUGUGGGGGUAUAAUAAGCGUCUGGGUACUUGAGCGUCUCAAAGUCAGUUUUGUGGAAUUCUCCCAAACUACAAGGACUGGACUGCAUAAGAAUCAAUCUCAUCAGCGAUGAAUUCUUUCCAGGAGACUCAGUCUGAUUUAGAGGUGAUCUUAGAGUUCCUAGAGGAGUACUACAAACAAAACACUGGUGAAAAUGUGGAGAAGAUGUAUUGGACUGAAAGUGAAUCAUGUGAGCAGCGCUGGACGUGUUACGAGCCAUCUCCUUUGCUGGCACAUGAUGCCCCACCAGCUCUCAGCCAACACACAACAGCAACAUUGUCUGAGCGUGGGUCACUGCCAAACUUUGUAUCAGCAAGACAACCCACCAAACACACGGCGACAGCAGCGGGGAGUGGUAGAAAGGUGCGACUCUUUCACUUUCUGUUUGAAAUGUUGGAGGAUCCAAACAUGGCCCACUGUGUGUCCUGGGUGCCAGCAGCCACAGGUGUUUUCCGCUUUUCCUCCACAAAUAAGGACCAGGUGGCAGCCCUCUGGGGGCAGAGGAAAGGCAACAAGAGGCCCAUGACUUACCAGAAGAUGUCCCGCGCAAUCAGGAACUACGCCCGGUCCGGAGAGAUCUUCAAGGUGAAGAAGAAGCUCACCUACCAGUUCAGCCGAGACACCCUGAUGUUACUGCAGAAGUGUCAUCGAGGAGAUUUGUAAUCUAAAGCAGGUUUUGAUCUCGCAUAAAACUCUUUUAAAUCUAUGUUUAGGUCAUGUACAUGCGUUGAG